AUGAAUCUGCCUCUCUGUCUCCCUCUACUGGCCAUGCUUCUGCAGCCUGCUUGGUGUCUCUACAACUGCUCCUCUCUUUAUGAGAGGACUCCAGACAACUCAGACCUGACAGUUGACUGUGGCACCAACGUGAUCACCCUGGAGAUAAACCUGUGCACGGCUCAGUGGGCGGGUUUCAACACCACAGAACUUGCACUGAACGGGAACCACAACAGCUCGGACUGCCAGGGCUCGGUGGACACCAGCGUGGACCCUCCGGUCAUUCGCUACCAACUUCCUGUCAACCACAGUGUGGACAACCCCUGUCGUCAGUCUCUGCAGAUCGUGGACGAGGCCCCUGACCCCUCAGGCCCUUUUGGCAUCUUCUCAACUAUCCAGUCGGUCAUCAUCACGGGAUUCAUUGACACACCCUCAUCCUCCCAAGGCGUGAUCAGUUACUCCACAGACCUCUAUUAUCGCUUCUCCUGCCGCUAUCCGCUGGAGUACCUGCUCAACAACACGCAGAUCGUUGCGUCCUCAGUCUCAGUAGCCACAAGUGAUAACAAUGGGACCUUCAUCAAUUCGUUAAAAAUGAGCGUUUUUAAUGACUCUGACUUCAUUUACCCGCUGGUCGUCCCUUCAGUAGGACUUGAGCUCAGAACCAUGAUCUAUGUGGAGGUUCAGGCUGUUAAUCUCACAGGAAAUUUCCAUGUGCUGCUGGAUUACUGCUUCGCUACUCCGUCCCCUUACAACAUGACACAGAGUGAGAAGCACAACUUCUUCACAGGGUGUUCAGUAGACGGAAAGACUACGAUGACGAUGAAUGGGGCAUCGAAUAAAGCUCGUUUCUACUUUGAAGCCUUCCGCUUCGUUCAGCAUCGGGAUCAGGAGAAGUCCAGCAUCUACCUGCACUGCAUACUGAGACUCUGUGAGCCCAGCAAGUGUGAAGAGCUGCUGGCUACUUGUUCUUCCAGGAGAAAGAGAUCUCUGGUUCCUUUCGGACAAGAAAGUGAAGAGUCAGCCGCCCUUUCAAUCGGACCGCUUUACAUCUCCGAACGAGACAGGCCCGAUGCAGCUGCUUACAGUAACAGCAUGCCACCAGAGGAGGAGGAGGAGGAGGAUAAGUGGACUGGCCUGGUGGUGGGGGUGGUGUUCGGAUCUGCUGCUGCUGCCCUGCUUGUUCUGGGCUCCUGGUUUGUUCUGAAGAAGGUUUACUGGGCUGGAGGUUUAUCCCGUCUGCUUGACUGA